GACCCUAUCUCACCAAUUUCCUAAUCAUAGAACAGACCAUACUUCCUUCCAAAAAACCCCGGUAGAGCCUUCGAUAUGGAUAAGAUGAUGGUGCGCCAACUUGUUCUUUGCGCCUGUGUCCUGCUCUCUUGUUCAUUCGGGUUUGUUGUUGUGCAUGGCGCCCCGGUGGCGCCUUGCAUUUGGACCCCAUUCCCCGAGACGUGCCACUAUUUCGUUGGCGCCGAAUUGCUGUCGGACCUUGACCAGACCGAGUUUUCUUUCCGUGACGUGGCCCUCAAGGUCGCUAUGAGCGAAGCCCUGCGAGCUCAUGAGCUGGUGUCCUCCAUGGACCUGAGCUCCUUUGAUGAGCGAGCUAGGUUGGCUUGGUCCGACUGCGUCGAGCUCUAUGAGGAGUCGGUGCAGUUGCUCAAUCGCUCCGUGAGCUCUAAAAACCCUAGCGACUCUCAAACGUGGCUAAGCGCUACGAUCACAAACCACCAGACUUGCCAAAAUGGGUUUAAGGAGUUCAAUUUAGCGUCUCACUUAGAAUCCUUCCCUUCAAUGUUGAGCAACUUCUCUAAGUUGCUCAGUAACUCCCUAGCAAUAAAUAAGGUCUCGUCUUCUUCUUAUUCAUCGGCUAGGGUUUCGUUUAGUAAACAAGUCAGGGGUAGACGGUUGCUCGGCGAUCAUGAAAAGUUUCCAUCGUGGGUUUCGGCCUCCGAUCGGAAGCUUCUUCAAACGACUGGAGCACCGGCCAAAGCUGACCUUGUAGUGGCAAAAGAUGGCUCGGGGAACUAUAAGACUAUUUCGGAGGCGGUGGCGGCAUUGUCUAGUAAGGGAAGUGGGAGUUCGAGAUUCGUUAUAUAUGUUAAAGCAGGUGUAUAUAGUGAGAAUGUGGUGGUUGCUAGGUCCAAGAAGAAUCUGAUGAUCGUUGGCGAUGGGAUCGACUCGACUAUCGUUACUGGCAACAAGAAUGCUAAAGAUGGUUCGACAACUUUCAGGUCCGCAACUUUUGCUGUUAUGGGCGACGGAUUCAUAGCACGGGACAUAACCUUCGAGAACACGGCUGGGCCGCAGAAACACCAAGCUGUGGCGCUCCGCUCCGGCUCGGAUUUUUCGGUCUUCUACGCUUGCAGCUUCAAGGGCUAUCAAGACACCUUGUAUGUCUACUCUAAACGCCAGUUCUACCGUGACUGCGACGUCUAUGGGACUGUAGACUUCAUCUUUGGGGAUGCCGUGGCCGUCCUCCAGAAUUGCAACCUCUACAUAAGGAAACCAAUGAGCGGCCAGCAGAACACAGUCACGGCCCAAGGGAGGACUGACGCGAGCGAGAACACAGGCAUCGUUGUCCACAACUCUCGCGUCACGGCGUCCUCGGACAUGAAGCCCGUGCAAGGCUCGUUCAAGAACUACCUCGGACGGCCUUGGCAGAAGUACUCGAGGACCGUGUUCAUGAAGACCUUCUUGGAUGGCCUGAUUGCCCCUCAGGGCUGGGCUCCGUGGAGCGGUAGUUUCGCUUUGAGCACUCUUUACUAUGGCGAGUACAUGAACACCGGCGGCGGCGCGGGUACCGGCGGGAGAGUGAAUUGGCCUGGGUAUCACGCGGCGAUGAGCGCGACGGAGGCCGCAAAGUUCACAGUUGGGAACUUCUUGGCUGGAAACUCGUGGAUCCCAGCAACCGGAGUGCCGUUCUCAGCCGGGCUGUGAGAUAAUGUCGUGGGGAUGCUUUUCUUUUAGGUCUUUUUGCAUACUCCAAAGGAAGGAAUAGUGGGUAUGUGUCAAAUAUAUGUGUAAAUCUGAUAGGGACAUUCACCAUCAAGUUGUGAAAAUGUGGAUCGUCCUGUACUUUUGUGUAUGGUCUUGUUGUGAUUAUAAUGUAAGGGGAAGAUGCUUUUGGUUGUA